GUUAAGUCCUGUUGUCCCAUUGAGUGGACAUCCUGGGCUUUUCAAUGAUAUCACAUGUGUGCGGAUGGGACCUUGUCAAAAUUCACUCCCUGCUUCUUCAAAAUGCCUGCCAUCACAACAAGCACAUUUUAUGGAAAGAAGAAAGGAAACAGGCAGAGAGAUUGAACAGAAUCAUUGAGGAAGACUCAGACAUGGACUUGUCAGAUGAUGAGGAACCAGAGGCAGUCACUGAGGCAGAGGAGGAGGUUGACAGCUCAGAGGAUGAGGCAUCGGCUGAGGAAGAGCAAGACACAGUGCAAGAUGAAAUGCCCCGUCGUCCACUAUGGGCCAAAAGUGACAUGUAGGGUUUGGAGGGCUUUUGAUUCAGCAUUACUUAACCUACAUGGAUAAGGUUUAGGCAGCCUAUAAGAAAUUAUAUCUAUAAAAAGUUCAAAUCCAUUGUUUGUCCAAAACACAUAAAGGUUUCACAGAUGAGCUUGUGAUCAGGCUGAUAAGUGUAUGAAAGCUAGAGUUCAAACUCCUCUUGGGUGAGGAACUGAUUGCCCAGGCACAGUCAGGCGAAACAGAUGCCAUCGAGUCCAGUGACAUGGAGUCCAGUGAUGAUGAAAAUGCUCCUCCAAGCAAAAGGAGGAGGACCCAGACCCAGCCAGAUGAGGGAGUGAGGAAGUACGGUGCAGUCCAUUUGCCAAGGAUGAUCGACGCAACCCAUGCAUCCAGAUGCAGACGAGCAGGAUGUAAAAGCAAGACCUAUAUGAAAUGCAUCAAGUGCAAUAUGUCAAAGGAAAGCUCUCAAGAAAAGAAAAAAAACAGUCAAAUGAAAAACUCAUUGGUUCAGUUGGGAAAAAAAGUCAAGAAGUUCAUAUUCUUGAACAAUGCAGAACCCUGCAAGUUUGAGUUCAUUUAAUUGUGGGUUUUAAAUGGGUUUAAAAUGAAUAUUUUCCUUUUCUGGCUUAGUAGUAAAAAAAAAAUCAUAUUGCUACGAAACGAGUCCUAAUGUCCACUACAGUGCACAUACAAAGAAAUGAAAAUAUGGUUUGCAAUUUUUUUCUUUGCAACAUGUUUUUUUCACCCCAAACACUUAUGUGAUGUAAAAAAAAUGAAAGUUUUAAAACCAUUUUUUUGCUGGGUCUCAGGAGGAUAUUACCAGUCCCGAAACACAGUCACUGCCCCACGCACAGCGCGUGCUGAACCGCCCCGCCCCACGUAUGAUCCCUCCAUGUGUAUGAUGCGUUUCAAUCAGGGAUUAUAGAGUGUAUUUUCUUAUCUAAAUCCAGACACAUUUUCUUCGUAAACAAUUGCAGCAGUUUAAUUCCAGUAAAACCUGGAAGCUAAAAAGAGCAUUAUUCUUUAUAGUACUUUUAAUGUUCAUUUUAUCUGUAAAAUUUGCCUUAGCACUUAACAAACAAGACCUUCUGUGUUUUAAUAGUGUUGUGGUUAUUAUGAUAAGGAAAUACCAUCAUUUAAUAUUUGAAUAUUUAAAUUAGUCACGGGAAAUACUAUGGAAGAAACCAUUUUACUUCCUCAUAGCUCUCAGAUGAACCCUUCCUCCCCCAGGUAUUGAGCAGCACCACUGUGACUCUGAUCCAAGCUGCGAUCCUAAAUCAGUGCAUAUGAACACCAUGUGUCAAGGGGUGCAAUAAUCGAUCUCCAGACAAUGGUUUCUCUCCAAAAACAGUCCAUGUUUAAUAAUUUAAUACACAAAACAAAAGUAAAUAAAUGCUGAACGCAGUAGGGAUUCAAGGAAAUGCAUGCACAUGGAUUAGGGAGUGGUUAACAUGUAGAAAACAGAAAGUACUAAUUAGAGGAGAAACCUCAAAAUGGAGCGAGGUAACCAGUGGUGUACCACAGGGAUCAGUAUUAGGUCCUCUGCUAUUUCUAAUCUACAUUAAUGAUUUAGAUUCUGGUAUAGUAAGCAAACUUGUUAAAUUUGCAGACGACACAAAAAUAGGAGGAGUGGCAAACACUGUUGCAGCAGCAAAGGUCAUUCAAAAUGAUCUAGACAGCAUUCAGAACUGGGCAGACACAUGGCAAAUGACAUUUAAUAGAGAAAAGUGUAAAGUAUUGCAUGUGGGCAAUAAAAAUGUGCAUUAUAAAUAUCAUAUGGGAGAUAGUGAAAUUGAAGAAGGGAACUAUGAAAAAGACCUAGGAGUUUAUGUUGACUCAGAAAUGUCUUCAUCUAGACAAUGUAGGGAAGCUAUAAAAAAGGCCAACAAGAUGCUCGGAUAUAUUGUGAGAAGUGUUGAAUUUAAAUCAAGGGAAGUAAUGUUAAAACUCUACAAUGCAUUAGUAAGACCUCACCUUGAAUAUUGUGUUCAGUUCUGGUCACCUCGUUACAAAAAGGAUAUUGCUGCUCUAGAAAGAGUGCAAAGAAGAGCAACCAGAAUUAUCCCGGAUUUAAAAGGCAUGUCGUAUGCAGACAGGCUAAAAGAAUUGAAUCUAUUCGGUCUUGAACAUAGAAGACUACGCGGUGAUCUGAUUCAAACAUUCAAAAUCCUAAAAGAUAUAGACAAUGUCGACCCAGGGGACUUUUUCGACCUGAAAAAAGAAACAAGGACCAGGGGUCACAAAUGGAGAUUAGAUAAAGGAGCAUUCAGAACAGAAAAUAGGAGGCACUUUUUUACACAGAGAAUUGUGAGGGCCUGGAACCAACUCCCCAGUAAUGUUGUUGAGUGCAGUACAGAGCUGCUCUCUCUGGAAGGACAGGAAUGCAGUACAAAGCUGCUCUCUCUGGAAGGACAGGAGUGCAGUACAGAGCUGCUCUCUCUGGAAGGACAGGAGUGCAGUACAGAGCUGCUCUCUCUGGAAGGACAGGAGUGCAGUACAGAGCUGCUCUCUCUGGAAGGACAGGAGUGCAGUACAAAGCUGCUCUCUCUGGAAGGACAGGAGUGCAGUACAGAGCUGCUCUCUCUGGAAGGACAGGAGUGCAGUACAGAGCUGCUCUCUCUGGAAGGACAGGAGUGCAGUACAGAGCUGCUUUCUCUGGAAGGACAGGAGUGCAGUACAGAGCUGCUCUCUCUGGAAGGACAGGAGUGCAGUACAGAGCUGCUCUCUCUGGAAGGACAGGAGUGCAGUACAGAGCUGCUCUCUCUGGAAGGACAGGAGUGCAGUACAGAGCUGCUCUCUCUGGAAGGACAGGAGUGCAGUACAGAGCUGCUCUCUCUGAUGGGACAGGAGUGCAGUACAGAGCUGCUCUCUCUGGAAGGAUAUGGAAUUCAUACCCAGUACUGGGGAACCACACUUUAG